AUGGCCACUGCUAGUCUCAUACCAUCCUCCUGGUUACCGCCGCUGUCUACUCCUUUCAAGGGAACUGUCAAAACCUUAGUUGCAAAACCAUGCCUGAAGGUUCAGCGUGCAAGACCCCUCGUUUUCGUGGUUAAUAAGGCUGCAUCUGCCCCGGUGGCAGCGCCCAUCGUCGGCGUUCGGUUUCGGCUGGACAAUUUGGGGCCUCAACCGGGUUCGAGGAAGAGGGCCAAGAGAAAGGGUAGAGGAAUAUCGGCAGGGCAGGGAGCAAGUUGUGGUUUUGGGAUGAGGGGUCAGAAAUCUCGAUCUGGGCCUGGCGUUAGGAAGGGUUUCGAAGGUGGCCAGAUGCCCCUCUAUCGACGAAUCCCCAAACUCAGAGGAAUUGCAGGAGGUAUGCAUGCGGGAUUGCCCAAAUAUGUCCAUGUAAAUCUGAGAGACAUAGAAGAUGCUAAAUUUAAGGAAGGGGAAGAGGUGUCUCUAGAGUCACUGAAGGCAAAAGGUGUGAUUAACCCAUCAGGAAGAGAAAGGAGACUUCCUUUGAAGAUUUUGGGUGAAGGAGAACUGAGCAAGAAGUUGACGCUAAAAGCCCGUGCCUUUUCCACAGCGGCAAAGGAGAAACUUGAGAGUGCUGGAUGUUCUCUCACCUUGCUUCCUGGCCGCAAGAAAUGGGUUAAGCCAUCGGUUGCUAAGAACCUUGCCCGCGCUGAGGAAUACUUUGCCAAGAAGCGCGCCGCAGCCGCCACUGAGGCAGCCUCAGCUUGA